AUGUUUCGAUGCUGGUGCGGAAGAACCUUCCUCCAGAAAAAAACCCUCUCCGCGCACAAGUCACACUGCUCGGUCGUCUUGGCCGCUUCAACCGAGUCGCAUGAAGCUGCUCUACGACAUGCGGAGAGUCGCCCCACGAAGAGAGCCCGCUUCACCAUCAAAGCUCCGCCCUGGGCUCAGCGAACACGGGAUACCGCAACUACUAUAACGCAAGAGCAGGCACGCUUAGACUGGAGUCAGGUUUUGGGAGAGGUUUUGGAGAACGAAACUGGACUCGAUCAAGUACCUCAAGUAGCUGAGGUUGAGGUGGCGCCAGUCGAUGACGACGUUGCAGGCCCAAGUUCCCGUUUUGGUCGUCGCAUACGGCCAACCUGGAAGCUCCGUGACGCUCUUCCCGAAGAACCGGGUGUGGAAGUUGACGAGGGCACCCACGACGACCACGACGAUCGUGCUCUUCCCCGACCGCGGUUCAUUCUCCUCGCAACGCAGUACAUAAGAACGAAAGUGAACACCUUCUCGCUCCGACGGUUCUACAAGAGACCCCCUCGCCGCACUCCUCAAGUGUCUCAUACCCUCGGCGCGCGUCCAGGAGGCACGCCCGGUCUGAACCUUCCGAGCCAGCGUCAAAUCUCCGACAUCAUCUUCCCCUUCCCCAAUAUCAGCUCUUUCCGUUUCGCAUGGCAUUCUUCUGGCGCAUCUGCGUCGAACAAGAAGACUCGGGCAGAUCGUGGGCGGCUUCGGAAGAUGCUACUUGGGAAGGACUUCAAGAACGAGGACAUCGCGGACACCGACUUCGACAAAAUCGAGGAGAUACUCUCCGGAGACGCUGAUAUUGGAGAGCUCUCGCUCGACGCACGGCAGGGAUGGCGGAAGACGCCUCUGACCGUUGGCGUCCCCAGCGGUAAGAAACCAACCCAGGCUUCCCGACGGGAGGCCGCAACCGUUCGCCGCCGCAUCAACCGACAUGAACCUUUCGGCGAUGUACCCGCUGCUCGUCCCGUACCUGGCUUUCAUCUCCCCCCGAUCGAUUUCUAUCACAAGAGUGUUUGCGACGUCAUCCGGUCGACGAUGUCGUCCGAUCCAGCUUCCGCAGAGUUCGUCUUCGACCCCUUCCUCGUCGAGAAACUUCCGCCUGGCUCCUCCAAACCCGAGCGCGUUUAUGGAGAGCUAUACAACUCGUCGGCAUUUGUUCAAGAGGACCUUCGCCUUCAAAACUCUCCGCCAAUUCCCGGGUGCCCCCAUCCUCGUUGUAUCGUCGCCCUCAUGUUCGCUUCAGAUGCGACAGUGGUUACGCAGUUUGGGAACAGCAAGGUAUGGCCGGGCUACAUGUACUUCGGCAACCAGUCGAAGUACACGCGAGCGCGGCCGUCUGCUCAUGCUGCACAUCAUGUGGCUUACUUUCCCGAGCUGCCGCCGCACGUUCAAGACUUCUUCAGGCAACUGAACGAGGGGAAGUCCAUGAAUGCAGCUCUGUUGACUCAUUGUCGGCGAGAGCUCUUUCACAGCGCAUGGAGUUGUCUCCUUGACGACGAGUUUUUGGAUGCGUACCAGAAUGGCAUCGUGGUGGAGUGCUACGAUGGUGUGACUCGACGCCUUUUCCCUCGGAUUUUUACUUACUCGGGCGAUUAUCCAGAGAAGAUGCUCAUAGCCACAUUACGCGACAAGGGACAGUGCCCUUGCCCCCACUGUUUGAUACGUUUCGAUAAGAUCCACCAAUUAGGCACCACAAGUGAUCGCGAGACCAGGAUCUUGAGUGCGCGUAUGGACACCGAGCAACACCAGGCACUCGUAACUCAGGCACGCCACCGCAUCUACGAAGACGGUUAUGUAGUAGAUUCAGACCGAGUAGAAGGGCUCCUCCGGCAAGAGUCUAUGAACGCGUUUCAUCGGCUCUCAAAGUUCGGUUUCAAUAUCCAGAAAGCGUUGGUUGUCGACCAGAUGCACGAGUUCGAGCUCGGUGUGUGGAAGGCGUUGUUCAAGCACCUCGUUCGCAUCCUCGACAGCCUCCCUGGGGACGCUAUUCAUGUCAUGAAUUCCCGCUUCCGACAGGUUCCCAGCUUCGGGGCAGCGACAAUACACAAAUUCUGUGGCAAUGUCUGUGAGCUCAAGCACAUGGCUGCUCGUGAUCUCGAAGAUAUCCUUCAGACCAUCAUUCCGUGUAUCGAAGGACUGCUACCACCGAGCACAAAUGAGUCCGUUCUCACCCUGCUCUUUGUCUGCGCGUAUUGGCACGCGCUGGCCAAGAUGCGCCUCCAUUCUGAUUCCUCCCUCGAUCUCCUUGACGAUACAACGGCUCUCCUCGGCCACGAAAUGCGUUAUUUCGCCGCCAUCACAUGUCCUCAGUUCGAUGCGCGGGAGACUGCAGCUGAAUACCAAGCUCGAAGAAGAGCGGAGGAGCGCAGAAACCCCACAUCGAUAGCCGCCAAUGACGGACGAAGGCUUCGCUUGUUCACUGCUAUCAACACGAUCAAGUUCCACUUCCUCGGCGAGUAUGUUUCGAUAAUUCGUGAGCUCGGGACUACAGAUUCGUUUACAACUGAGAUUAAUGAACUAUCACAUCGAGAAGUGAAGGCCAGACGUCAGCGCACAAAUAACGUGAAUCCGGAUGGACAGCUUGUCAAGCUCGACGCCUACGAGAACCGCCUUCGACUCAUGGCGGAGGGGCUGAGAUCUGUCGGAGUCGAAGACAUCCCGGGUCUGGCCAACCAUGCUCGCGACACGGCACAGGACGCCCAGAACCCUCUCUCCACUGAAGCUCAUCACGAUGUUGCGGAGUCGGAGAAGAAUCCGGUUGAUGUUCGCGACUGGAAGGAAUGCAACCCGCACGACGUCGCUAUUCAGUCCUUCAUGACACUGCUGCUUGAUCAUCUACGCCAACGUCUCUCAUCCAAGUUCCCAGCUCUGGACGACCCUGCAGUUCCAGUGAUCCUUCGUCAAGAAAGAAUAUACAAGCACGAGAUCAUGCGCAUCAACUACACGACUUAUGACGUUCGCCGCGAUCAGGAUAUUCUCCAUCCCAAAGCGGGCAAGGCCGAUGUCGUCGUGGCCAUGGGCGACUCGGCUGAUGACCCUCCCGACUCCCGUACCGACUCUAGUCCGCUUCCCUGGCUCUACGCUCGUGUACUGGGCAUCUACCACGCGAAUGUCUGUGUGCCCGGACCUCGAGGCGUUCAGGGCCCAGAACGAGUAGACUUCCUCCAUGUUCGGUGGUUCCGCACUGAUCCCUUCACAGCACAUGGCGCGCUAGCGCGACGACUAGAGCGGAUUCAAUACAUAUCACAUACCGAAGACACUCCAGCGUUCGGCCUUGUCGAUCCGGCGAGUGUCAUUCGCGUAUGCCAUCUUAUCCCUGCAUUCCAUCACCAGCGUACCACGGAGUACCUCUCCGCUUCAUCGGCACGGGAUCAUCGAGAAGGGGACUGGCGGUACUACUAUGUCAACAGGCACAUCGUCAUCUUCGCUCCGAUGCUUCAUCUCACUGACUUCUGUGACAGGUUUGUUGACCGGGAUAUGUUCACCCGGCAUGCGGGCUGCGGGCUAGGUCACUUGCCACGCCUCAAGGCCGAGACUAUCGAGACUAUACUCAAGGAAGGAUUCAACGCCGAUGAGCCAGUCCCAGAGCAGCUUGCUCCCGAUCAGCAAUCUGACAAUCAACAACCACAGCUCGGUCCCCUGAACAUUGCGCUAGACAACAUGGCUGAUGAUAGCUCGUCGGACACCGAGCGGAUGGAUCGUGCCCUCGCCUCCACUGGAGCUGCAAUGGGGCUGAUGGCCGAUCUCUUCCGCGAUUUCCAGGCUAUCAUCGACAUCGGCGUCAGUGCCAAUCCUAACACUCCUUCGUCAAGCAGGAGUCGCUCCCAGCAGAAGCUUCUCGACCUCUUCGAGUGCCUGAUCAGCAUGGCGCCUUGGAUUCCGGACGAGUUGGCUAAGCGGGGGCCUCAUGGCAGCUUCGAAGUCGCCCGUAAGCUCGAUGCUGGCCGUCAGGCAGUCCGCGCUACAGAUCUGCAUGAGACAAAGAAGCAGAUCUGCUGCUGGGAUGUGUUCACACCUCCGCUAGACCAGAAUUCCAAGGACGGCCGCGGUUUCUAUCACGAUCGAUGCGGAGAGCUCUUAUGCCCUCCCGAUUACAACUGGAGUGACCCCACCGUUCAAACCGGGAUCCGCGCGCACAGCGACAAAUACAUCAUCGGGCCAGGUGACCUCCCUCGCCUGCUGUGGCGCGACGAGACCGUCGACGAGAACAACCUCCACAAGGGAUUCUGUAUGGGCGACCUACUACUCAAGGCUGGUCGUUCAGUUCUCAUCGGGCCGCGCUCUGCCAUGAAGACAAGGUUCACGCGAGCUGCACGCAAGCCGAAGGCGAGGAUAUACAAUGUCCGAUCAAUCACCCCUGCGUUCAUUGCUUAUACAGCAGUUCUUGUUCACUAUGCACUAUCCUCUCAGGACGGUUUCGGGAAUGGUUCCUCUCCCCGCUCUUUCCAGUAUGAGCUAUUUUACCACACCGUUGUUCGACAGAUCGAGACUUCCAUGUUGGACGAGGAGAGGGAGCAUUUGCUGGCUUGGUGGACAAAGGAGUGUCUUGGAGAGCAAUGGGAUGACGACGAGAACGACACCAGCAGCCAUGAGGGUGAUUGCCGUCCCUCAAUGGCGUCGCGCAUGGCUGCUCAGGGCAAGGCAAGGAAGCGUGCGUCUGUGUAA